AUGUGCAAAGUGAUGUUGGCAUUUGUACAAAUUUUUGAAGUUUAUAUUGAUGGAAUGACCUACGCUGUCCAUAUUGAUGCUUUCUGUGCCAAUGUCAGAAAUGUUGGCGUUAUGGCUAACCUGCUAAGCACUGUCUCUCCAAUUGCCUGCUACUUUCUCUAUGCCCAAGCUUGUUGUGACUUUUCAAAUUUACAGUCAUUUGUGAUGGCUCCUAUUAUGUAUUUUAUAGGAGCUGCCCUGCCUACGAGCUCAAAACAGGUUGUGGUGGUAUCAAUAGACCUGAAAUGGGAUGUAGACUUCUCCAGCAAAGUCAUCUCAGGCUUUGCCACUUUGACAGUGGAACGGAAGCAGGACGAAGCUCAGCACCUUAUUCUGGAUGCUCGUGACUUGAGCAUAAAAGCAGUGAGGGAUGAGGAGACAGGUCAGGUCCUGCAGUACACACUUGGUGACUCUCACCCGAACUUUGGAUCCGAAUUCAAGAUCAACCUGCCAUCAGACACCAAGAAAAAGUACAAGGUGCAGAUUGAGUAUGAAGUGUCCCCCAAAAGCUCUGCACUUCAGUGGUUAGAUCCAGAACAAACAGCAGGGAAAAAACAUCCAUAUCUCUUCUCACAGUGCCAGGCCAUACACUGCAGGUCUUUGGUGCCAUGUCAGGAUACACCAGCAGUAAAGGCAACAAUACACAGCAGAAGUGAAAGCCCCAAGCGAAUUGGUGGUCUUAUGAGUGCGCUACGAGAUGGCCACAAGGAGGAAGGAAAUGGGACUGUUUUCAGGUAG